GGAUAGGAGAAACAAGGAGGAUGACACUUAUAACUGCCCCUCCCCAUCGGCCGUCUUCAAAUUUGGAUCACAAGAAGGGAGCAACAUAUGUGUUGUCCUGCUGCAUUUAUAUAUGGAACUGCGAUCCAGUGGCUGGAUAGAAGAAAAGGACAACGCAAGCUCUCUCUCUCUCUCUCUCUCUCUCUCUCUCACACACACACACACAGUGGCUCUGCGUUCCUCUCCCCCAAAACCUAAGGGCUUCGGCUUUGAUCUGAUCAAACCCACCUCCAAAAACCUUCCUUGAUCACCAUCUUCAGCAACCCAAUUCGGAGCCUGCUCGGAUCGGGACCUCUUGGAGAUUCGGAGCUCCAGGCAAGCAGAAUGAUGUAAAUCGUUGGCGAUUUACGGUGGCUUUGAAGGGUUGGACUUGCUCUUAUAAAGUUCUGGAAGACAAACCGCUUUGGAGCCAGCAGCACUCAGCAGCCAGAGCAGCCGUGUCUCUCUUCCUCAUCGCAAAAUGGGUGUUUUCAGGGUGAGCCGCAAUGCUCUUAAUUUCAAGUAAUGGGUUUGUGUUACUGUGCAGAUCUGGCUAACUUCGCAUUUAGUUUCUUGGAAUUGUUUUUUUUUUUUUUUUUUGUAAUUAUAUAUUUGUAAUGCUUUUAUGUUUGUCGUUCUGUGCUGGGAAAUUGGAAAGAUCUAGAAAUAAUAUAGUUCUUGAGCUAAUGUGAAGAUUUUGUGUUGAAUAUUUUGAUUCCUUUUUUCUAUUUGCACUUAGAAAAACAGAGGAUUGUGGUUAAUUAUUGUGCUAUGAAGCUUCUAUUUUUUCUUUUUAUGCCCAAGAUUGAAUUUUUUCUCUCCGCUGUUGAAAAGUAGAACUCUCUCUAUCUCUAAAAAACAUGAUCCAGUGUGAAGUUUGGUUGUCUCUCUCUCCAGAAACUUAUAUUCCAUAUUGCAUCCAUCAACUCUAAUCAUUCCUUGAUCCGGUGUAAUUUUUACCAUAUGUUUAACCUUUGGACUUCUUUGCAUGCCUGUCCUCCUUCUAAGUCAACUGAGGAUUCAAAUCCGGCGGGUCCAGCUCAAGAUAUAGAUAAAACAAUUCCAACUCUUAAAAGGGGAAUGAAAAGUGCAUUCUUCACAAAGGCAAAAUAGAGAACAGAUUAUACGUUAUAUGAAAAGAAGAGCAGUAUUCUCCAUAGCUGAUGAUGCCACAAGUACUUUUCGGUCCGUUAGAGAUGGUGAGACUGUAGUUUCAACUGGUGGAACGUUUGAGCUAGGAUUUUACAGUCCCGAUGCUUCUAAUAGACGGUACGUGGGGAUAUGGUACAAGAAGAUAUCUGUUACAACCAUUGUAUGGGUUGCCAACAGAGACACACCCCUCACUGAUUUGUCCGGCGUUCUGAAGGUCACCAACCCCGGAGUUCUUGUCCUCAACCACAACAUGAGCACAGUUUGGUCCUCCAACACAUCGAGAACUGCACAGAAUCCAGUGGCACGUCUUUUGGAUUCGGGUAAUCUUGUCGUGACAGAUAUGAGUGAUGAUGACCCUGAGAACUUUCUGUGGCAAAGUUUUGAUUACCCUGGCGACACAUUCUUACCAGGUAUGAAACUUGGUAGGAACACAGUUACAGGCUUCAAUUGGCAUCUUAGAUCAUGGAAAAGUCCUCAGGAUCCUUCUCAAGGCAAUUAUACAUAUCAAUUUGGUCCCAAAGGAUAUGCGGAAAAAUUUUUGAGGGAAGGUUCGGUCAUAAAAUUUCGGACUGGACCAUGGAAUGGAGUCCGGUUCAGUGGAGAGCCUCACUUAAAUCCAAACCCUAUAUACACAUACGGUCUUGUUUCUGAGCCUGAUGAAAUGUACUACAGUUACAACCUUUGCAACAGCUCAAUCCUUUCGAGGGUGCUGUUAACCUCAGAUGGACUUGUGCGGCGCUACACAUGGAUUGAUAGAACCCAAGGUUGGGAUCUUUACCUAACAGCCCAAAUUGAUAACUGUGAGAACUAUGCAUUAUGUGGUGUAUAUGGUGCUUGUAACAUUCAACAGUCCCCGGUUUGCAGUUGUUUGAAAGGAUUUACACCAAAGUUUCCGAAAGAAUGGGAUUUGGUGGAUUGGUCUCAUGGCUGUGUGAGAAAGACACCUCUAAAUUGCACUGGAGAUGUGUUCCAAAAGUACUCGGGGGUGAAAUUGCCUAGCACAGAACAAUCCUGGCAUAACGAAAGUAUGAAGCUCAAGGAAUGUGAGAUGGUGUGCAUGAAGAACUGCUCCUGCACGGCUUAUACAAAUUUGGAUAUCCGGGAUGGAGGAAGUGGGUGCUUGCUGUGGUACGGUGAUCUAAUUGAUAUAAGGCACUUUGCUGAAAACGGGCAAGAUAUUUAUAUAAGAAUGGCUGCAGCAGAACAAGAUCAUGAAGAUGAUACAAAGAUCAACGCUAAAUACUCUGAAUCCAAUGCAAAGAAAAUGAGAAUCAUAAUAAGCACUACUGUGUUGUCUACCGGACUGCUAAUCCUAGGCCUUGCCCUGCUGUUUUAUGUUUGGAAGAAGCAGCACCAAAAAGGAAAACUGGGACGCAGCCAAAAGGAGGAUCUGGAAUUACCGUUAUUUGACUUGAUGACAAUAGUUUCUGCAACCAGUAACUUUUCAAUUGAAAACAAACUUGGUGAAGGCGGUUUCGGAUCUGUCUUCAAGGGUACGAUGGAAGAUGGACAAGAAAUCGCAGUGAAAAGGCUUUCACAAAGUUCUAGACAAGGACUCGACGAGUUCAAGAAUGAAGUUACACAUAUUGCCAAACUUCAGCACAGGAAUCUAGUGAAGCUUCUUGGAUGCUGCAUUCAAGAAGACGAGAUGAUAUUGAUCUACGAGUUCAUGCCUAACAAGAGCUUAGACUUCUUUAUUUUCGAUCAAAGAAGAAGGAUGUUAUUAGACUGGCCGAAGUGCUUUGAAAUUAUUAAUGGGAUAGCUCGAGGGCUGCUCUAUCUUCAUCAAGAUUCUAGAUUGAGAGUUAUUCAUAGAGAUCUCAAAGCAAGUAACAUUUUAUUAAGCAGUGAAUUUAACCCGAAAAUCUCAGACUUUGGCCUGGCUAGAAGCUUUGGAGGAAGUGAAACGAAAGCAAAAACGAAGAAAGUGGUCGGAACAUACGGUUACAUGUCCCCAGAAUAUGCAAUUGAUGGUUUCUACUCUAUAAAGUCCGACGUCUAUAGCUUUGGUGUUAUGGUGCUAGAGAUAGUGAGUGGGAGCAGAAAUAGAGGAUUCUCUCAUCCAGACCACAAUCUCAACCUCCUUGGACAUGCAUGGAUGCUACACACAGAAGGCAGGCCUCUCGAACUGCUUGAUGCAUCGAUAAAGGACUCUGUUACUCUGCAUGAAGUUGUAAGAACGAUUCAUGUGGGUCUUUUGUGUGUGCAGCGGAAUCCAGAAGACAGGCCGAGCAUGUCAGCUACAGUUUUAAUGUUGGGUAGUGAAGGUGUGUUGCCCCCACCUCUAAAACCUGGUUUUUACAGUGAAAGGGAUUUGACUGAACUCGAACCCGGUCAUUCUUCUAAAGCAUGCUCAGCUAAUGAAGUCACUAUUUCACUAGUCGAGCCUCGCUAAAAUUUUGGAAAUGAUUUUCGUACUCACUUUUGUCUUUAUUUUGUCUCUUGAUUUUCCUAUAACUUCUUCAAUUGGAUGGCAAUGUUAUAUAAGUCAUUGUCACA